AUGAGUAUAUUGAAAUCGCCAAUAGAUUAUAAAAUAUUACAGGAUGAGUUGUACGAAGAGCUUAAAGCAAAUGAGUUAUAUAAAUUACAAAAUGAUGCAAAGAUCAGAGCAAUGGAACAAGGAGUACCUACUUAUGAACACUUUAGACAAAUGGUGAAUGGAGCUCAUUUAAAACCAUUAGAAUCAAAAGAUAUUAAAUCUAAAUCUGCAGUAUUGUGGAAUUCCAUAAGCAUAAAAAAUAAGUCAGAAUUUUUAACCUCGACAUAUGAAAAUAAUGGAACAAAACUAAUUAAAGAGAAGUUCAAUGAAUUUGCUAAUACAAUUCCAAGAAAUUAUAAAACAUUUAUCCAAAUGUGGAGAAAUACUAAUGAUAGCAAAAUAAAGUUUUCUUAUCUUUACAAUACCAGGGAUAUUUUAAAAAAUAAAAUAUUCCAUAGCGAGAUUCCCCCAUACUUUCUCUGCGAUAUCAUCAACAUAUGUCUGGAAUACAAAAAACAAAAUUCCUUGAAUGCGAAAGAAAUUAAAGCAAUUAUAGAAAUUCUAACUAUUUUAACUACUUGUAACAGAUUUAAUCUUGCUGUAAAUUUCAUGGGAGAUCACGAAAAAGAAAAUUGUUCUAGGUUGCUUAAAUACUUGGAUGAUAUGAUAAAAUCCGAAGAGAUAACAUUAGAAGAAAAUGCUAUUGCAUCAUUAAUAAAAAAAUAUCAAAUUAUCUAAUCAAUUGAUAAGUAUCAUUAUAAACAUUUGCUUUCUUUAUAAUUAUUUACUUGAAACUUUUCUUGUUAAAGAAUAAAAAGA